UGCGCGGGAGGUGCCGGCUACGGGUUCGGUUGUGGGGCCGGAGCUGCUGGCGGCUAUGGGUUCGCUGGAGCCGGGUUUGGUGGAGGAGGAGGUGGCCCUGGGUUCCCAGUGUGCCCCCCUGGCGGGAUCCAAGAAGUAACCAUCAACCAGAGCCUCCUGAAACCUCUCAACGUGGAGCUCGACCCCAGCAUCCAGAGAGUGAAGCAAGAGGAGAAGGAGCAGAUCAAAACCCUCAACAAUAAAUUCGCCUCCUUCAUUGACAAGGUCCGAUUCCUGGAGCAGCAAAACAGGGUGCUGGAAACCAAAUGGAGCCUGCUGCAGGAGCAGGGACAAAAAACGGUGAUGAACAUCGAUCCCCUCUUCGAAAAUUACAUCAGCAAUCUCCGGAGGCAGCUGAACACCCUGACGAACGACAGAGGAAGACUGGAAGGGGAGCUGAACAACAUGCAAAACGUGGUGGAGGAUUUCAAGAACAAGUACGAAGAUGAAAUCAACAGGCGCACGGUGGCGGAGAAUGACUUUGUGACACUCAAGAAGGAUGUGGAUGCUGCCUACAUGAACAAGGUGGAGCUAGGUGCCAAGGUGGACUCCCUGACGGACGAGAUCAACUUCCUGAGAGCCCUGUACGAGACGGAGCUGAACCAGAUGCAGCAGCAUGUCGGCGACACCUCUGUCGUCCUGUCCAUGGACAACAACCGAAGCCUGGACCUGGACAGCAUCAUCCGGGAGGUCAAGGCGCAGUACGAGGACAUCGCCAACAGGAGCCGAGCUGAGGCCGAAUCUUGGUACCAAACAAAGUAUGAAGAGCUGCAGCUGACCGCAGGCAGGCACGGGGAUGACCUCCGCAACACCAAGCACGAGAUCUCAGAGCUGAACCGGAGCAUCCAGAGGCUGCGGGCUGAAAUCGAUGGUGUGAAAAGACAGUGCGCCAACCUGCAAGCGGCCAUCACCGAGGCAGAAGAGCGUGGAGAACUGGCCCUCAAGGAUGCCCGAGAAAAACUGGCUGAUCUGGAAGAUGCCCUGCAGAAGGCCAAGCAGGACAUGGCCCGCCAGCUGCGGGAGUACCAGGAGCUGAUGAACGUCAAGCUGGCCCUGGAUAUCGAGAUCGCCACCUACCGCAAGCUGCUGGAAGGAGAGGAGAGCAGGCUGUGUGGAGAUGGUGUUGGAGCCGUGAAUAUCUCUGUGGUCUCCUCAACUGUUGGAGGCGGAUAUGGAGGCAGAAGCGGUGUCUGCUAUGGUGGCGGAAGCGGUCUCGGCAUGGGAGGAGGAAGUGGUGUCUGCUACGGAGGCGGAAGCGGUCUCGGCAUGGGAGGAGGAAGCGGUGUCUGCGUUGGAGGCGGAAGCGGUCUCGGCCUUGGAGGCGGAAGCGGUGUCUGCGUUGGAGGUGGGAGCUUCAGCUCUGGAAGUGGAAGAGGCGUCGGUGGGUUGAGUCUUGGAGGCGGAAGUGGCUCUAGCGUGAAGUUCGUCUCAAAGACCUCUUCCACCCGGAGAAGCUACAAAAGCUAAAGCUCAGAUUGCAACGCCCUCGCUCCCCGAAAGAAAUAGCGCUCUGAUUUCCUGAUGCCGAUACGUUCCUCACCCAUAAUGGGGCCACCGCCACGAAUCAAGGCGACUUUUUCUAACCUUCACUUUACGAACCAAGCUUAAAAAAUGUUUGAAUUUUCCAAACGUUGUCUUGAACCUGUUCUUUUUUUCAGUCUUUAUUGUCUCUCACGUAGCCACCUAGAAGCCCUGUCCAACAAGAAGGGAAGUACACAUUUCUCCAACAGAAUGCUGACAAAAUGAAUGUUUUUGACAAAGCCAAAUAUUUCUGUUAAUUUUCACCCCCAAACGUGCAGCCACACAUACCAGCAUCUCCUCCCUGAAUGCUGAAAAGUGUCUCCAAAUUUGGUUUACGUCAAAAAUAUUCAGUGGAAGGGCUACCUUUUUUUCUAGUGAAAUAGUGAAUUUUUGUAUGGGAAAAAAAAGAGGUCUCCAAUUUCUGAAUACCUCUGGUGAUUACACUGUUUCUCCCAUUUCUAGUGCAACCAGCAAAGCCACCCUUCUUUCCACAUAUAUUUUCCUUUUUCUCUAGACCAAGUGGCGCGUGUAAUUCCAUAUUUUUUUAGGCAAAGAUCAAUUGUGUAAGUUGUAGAAUGGCAAGUGAACCAUUAGGUUAAGCACUGAUUUUUUUAUUCUGAUCAUUCAUUUCUUAUCCAAACAUAGUGCACAUUUCAAAAAGAGGUCUCUGUGUCCAUUAUAGGACACGAUGCACAUGGCUCUCUCUUCAUAGUGAUUUGUGUCAUCCUGAUGGUUCAGUAUUCGGUGAAACCGGUGGCCGCUUGUCUAGAAAUUUACAACCCAGACUAGCGUAGCUCAUCCAGAUUCCACUGAGUUCUGUUUCUGCAACUUGUUCUGCAUUUGCCGCCUUUGUUGCUCCUCCUGCAUGUAUUUCCCCGUUUUAUUUCCAAUCGACUUGGAACUUUAGUGGUCUGGCCUUAUGUUGUAUAUAAAACUUGUUGUGCUAAUGUUUGUUCUUUGGGUGCAGGAGCUCAUGUUGUUGGAAACUUCAUGUUGCUUUCCAGUGUUUGUCUAAUAAAAUGCAUAUGUCAUUUA